AUGGGACGUGUUAUGCAGAUUGCUGCAUUCUCCCUCGCCGAAGUGAGCUAUGCUGUCGGCGGAGACAUUGGCUUCCAGGUCCAAGAAUCCGCCAAACAGGCUCGAUUCCGUGUCCAGGCGAAACAAGAGAACGUGUCCGGUGUCCUUCUUCCUCAGUUCGAGAGUAUCAUUUCAGAAAGCAGCAAUGAUUUUGGAUUGACCGGUCUCGGAAAGGGAGGACAGCAGGUGCAACGGUGUCGGGAGACAUAUGCUAGAGCAGUAGAAACCCUGGUGGAACUUGCCAGUUUGCAGACGGCCUUCGUUAUACUGGACGAAGUUAUCAAGGUCGUCAACCGAAGAGUAAACGCGAUCGAACACGUCAUUAUCCCUCGUACCGAGAACACUAUUAAAUAUAUCAACUCGGAACUGGAUGAGCUCGACAGAGAAGAAUUCUACCGACUGAAGAAAGUCUCCAACAAGAAGCAGCGCGAUAACGCCGCUCAGGACGCCGAGAUUCAGGCGAAGCGGCAAGAGCAAGAACAGGCCAAGAAGGAAAACGGCGCCGCCGCCGAGGCCGACAAGGACCAAGCGCCCACCGAUCUCCUAGCACAGGAGGAGGAUCAGGAUGUCAUAUUCUGA